UAGGAGGUAGGUAAGAUAGAAUCAUGUCGGCACCUCGGUAGGUACUUCAGUGUUGUACCUUGAUACUUUAUAAGUUAGGUAAGGUUAGGUAAGUUACUACGUAUAGAGGUAGCUAAAAGAGUGGGGACCGUACGGGCUGCCCCAGUUCUUUGUGAACCGAAAGCAACCGAAAGCAAGCAAGAGCAAAGACCAAGAAGGGGCCCUGGGGCCUGGGCAGCCUGGAAAGCCCAAGCCACUCGCCAACAAAAUUCCCGCCCCGUCGAUUUCCCUCCAUGCUGCUCCAUAUGGAGUACCUACCAUUCUCAUACCGUCGGCCGCCGGAUAUUAUGUUGACCGUUACAACCGCCGAGUCGGUCAUCUACUACUGCGACAUUGUACGCAAUUUGUACUUGUGAGCCUCUAGCACCAAGUCGGUAAGCGGGCGUCUCGAUCUUUUUUUAUCGGCGGGCGGAGAAAAAAAAAAGGAAAAUUUGGAGAUGGAUCCAUCUUCACUUGACCCACGUCUUCGUGAUGCCGGUGAGGAUUCAAUUGUCGUCAACGGUCCAACGAACCCGCUACCACCUCAAAUCGCCGCCGCAGGAAUCCCCGCUUCGACGUCAACAUCAACAUCAACAUCAUCUAUUCAUACAUUCCAUAAAUCCGACCUUCCCGAUUCACCAUUACAACAGCAACUUCAUUCCCAAACAGCUGGCCCAUCACCGCCAGCUUCUACCUCCGGCUUCACCCCUCAAACGCCCAACAAUCAUCCGCACUCGGCUAACAACGAUACUCCUAAUGCGGUGCACGACCCGAAUGAUCCUAAGCGGCCGCGAGCCUGUGAGGCAUGCCGUGGGCUAAAGGUUAAAUGCGAGCCCGAUCCCGCGAACCCGGACGGACCAUGUAAACGGUGCGCGAAAGCUGGUAGGAAUUGCGUCGUGACGCAGCCUACGAGGAAGAGGCAGAAAAAAACAGAUAGUCGUGUUGCGGAGCUGGAGAAGAAAAUAGAUGCUUUAACGGCAAGUCUUCAGGCGAGCAGAGGAACACCUAAUAAUGCUGCCCACCCGCCCCCAUCGGAGGACCAUACUUUCGGGUAUGGCCAUACCGCGACUGUAAGAGAUUGGGGCGCUCCGCCUCGAGAUACUCAACACCAGAACCAACAUCAUCAACCACAACUUCAACCACAACCACAACCUCAACCUCAACCUCAGUAUCACCACCCUGUUUCCUCGCCUGAGAAGCGUCCAUCAGCGCCACCGCCGACUAUGGCGGGCCAGAAGCGGAAGUUCACAGAACCAACAUCCAGUUCCUCUAGUGCGACUAACCCUUCGUCGGCGCCACCUAAGUCGAGCGUCGUAUCGGAGCAGCAGCCGCCAGAUAUAGUUGAUCGCGGAUUGAUAAAUAUGAACGAAGCUACUGCCCUCUUCACCAGGUAUGUGGAGGACAUGACACCACAUCUCCCGGCGGUCGUGUUUGCUGAAGGUACUACUGCCACCGAAAUUCGGAAGACGAAACCGAUCUUAUUCCUUGCCAUCCUUGCAGCUGCCUCGUCUGAGACCCCGAAACUUCAGCGUCAACUAGUUAAGGAGAUUAUGCAGAUAUUUGCUGAGCAUAUUGUUAUUUCGGGCAAGAAGUCGUUGGAAUUAGUCCAGUCCCUUCUCGUCAGCGUCAUCUGGUACUACCCGCCUGAGCAUUUCGAAGAAUUAAAGUUUUAUCAAUUUGUUCACUUGGCGGCCGUCAUGUCUAUCGAUAUUGGCUUAGGUAGGAGGAAGUAUAAUCCAAAGACACGACUCGUACCGUAUACCUGGCGCGAUCAUCCUUUCAGGAAACAGCCUCUCCCAGAUCCUACCUCGAUCGAAGCACGGCGGACGUGGCUCGCGGUUUAUUUUCUUUCUUCGAAUGUUUCCAUGGCUUUGCACCGCCCAAACUUGAUUAGAUGGCAGUCAUUCAUGACCGAGUGCAUGGAUAUCCUGGAAUCCUCUCCGGAUGCGGCACCCUCGGAUAGGUAUCUUUGUCAUCUUGUCUGGACGCACCGGCUCGCCGAGGAUGUAGGCAUACAGUUUUCGAUGGAUGACCCUAGUGUCUUUGUCAAUGUCUCGGAGCAGAAAGUACAGUACGCUCUCCGGGGGUUCGAACGCGAUCUGUCCAAAUAUAGCGACUCUAUCCCCAAAUCAGAGAAGAGACCAUCGCUUGUCCUCGGUUUCCACGUAUUGAAUUUAUAUAUGCAUGAAAUCGCACUCCAUGUUGACAAGAACGCAGAGGAAUACCGGCCUCCGUGUAAUGCUGAUUCUCUCCGAGAACCUAUCCCGGGCUUAGACGAUUCUCUAACCCCGUCACAUAUUAGUGCUUUAUCAUCAUGUCUUACUGCUAUCGAUGGCAUCUUUGAGACUUUCCUAUCCAUGGACGUUCACAGUAUUCGUUGCAUCCCGAUCUUUAGUUUUGUUCGGGUUGCUUAUGCCGUGGUCGUUUUGAUCAAAAUGUAUUUCAGCGCAAGUAACUCGGAUUCCGAGUUGGGUAAGGUCAUCAACAAGGACAACAUGAAAGUUGCCGAGUAUCUCGAGAAGUUGCUCGAGAAGUUUCGCGAGGUGGCUGCCUCAGAUAAGUCUCGACCUGCCAGCAAGUUCCUCCUCGUUUUGGCCAUGUUACGGAACUGGUUUUUUAGGCAAGGCCAGGCUCAGGGCAAAGUAGGUCAAAAUGAGGAAGAAUUAGAGCUCGCUGCAGCCCAUCAUGCAAAGAGAUCAACAACUCUAAAGGACGAAAGUGAUGAUGCUGGCCCCCAGUUGCAACAACAGCAGCGGCAGCGGCAACAGCAACAGCAACAGCAGCAGCAACAUCAUCAGCGCCACUUAAAUCCUGAACCAACGAACACCCCACUUCAACUUCUUUCAGAAAUAGCAACCGGGAACGGCCCACCACGCAACAAUGGUUCGAAUCAACCUCCGCCCGGCGUGGAUGCUAGCAACCCACAGUCGUUUCAAGCUUGGCUGCGCACAGCACCACAACCAGUACAGCCAUUUAUGUACGAGCCUACGAGCGGGCCGGUACCUAGGGGUGGCAUGGCAAUGGGUUCAGUGCCAGAGCCGUCGUUGAUGCCAUGGAUGGGCUCACCAUUUGGGCCUAACGACUUCGACUACGGUAGUCUCGGGGACGGGUUUGAACAAGCCCUCGGACUUACGCUAACAGGCUUUGGCGGUGGCAGCCCUGGCGACCCAGCCUCGUACGAAGACACAAUGCGCUACAUGAUGCAGAACGACAUGCUCGGGCCCCUUCCCGUAUCCGAGGGUUAUACCGCGCCACCCCCACCCCAAGGCGGUCCGAAUGGAAACUUCUUCCAGUUUUAAACAAACCUCACCUAGCUUACACUAAAAGAGGAAUCUAAUCGCUUGUACUAUUACGACGUUAUACUUCUCCGCUCUCUAAAUCAGUGUCGAGGAGAGAAUAAAAAGAACGGAAGAUAUCAAGAAAAGAAGGAUGGCCAAAAAAAGGGGAGAAAUGAUAUUUUAGUGGCUGCUUACCUAGGUACAUUCUACUUUGUCCUCACCCCCCCUUUUCUCCCUUCAUUACACUAUCGCUACUCCCACUUUUAUCCUUUACCCUGUGAGCUGAUUUACCUAUCGGUUAUUACUCAGGGACCAUAUGGCACGUACCCUACUACCUAACCUAACCUACCUGCCUAUUCAUACCGCUACCACCUACAUACCUCAGACAGAACAUGAUACGCAGCUUGCUUGCUUGCUUGACUGAUGACGUAUCUGGGUUAUGGGUUUUUUUUUUCGGGAGGCGCACAUAUACAUAUACUCGCUUGGUGGGGGUUUGUUACGGAUGAACUGGCGAAAAUUCUUUUUUACUAUCCUUUCUAUCGGCUAGGGUUUCGGUGGGUUAUGGGCAAAGAGCGGGUAUUUGGGUUUGGCGCGUAUUAAAGAUGCUUGAACGAUUCCAAACCGCUGUGUGUAUUCAUUCUGGUACGCAUAAGAUAGAGUUGAAAGCAAAACGAAACAGGUAGGGUACAUACCUGCCAGUAGAACGGUUGAAUUAUGAUUACUAGUAAUAUAAAGAAGCAUUCACUGCUAAUCGGAUCGG